AUGAAGGUGAUUGCAUUGAUCGUCUGGUUAACCGCAGUCACGGCCGCCUCACUGCCUCGGGACUUCACCAAGGCAAAUGAACCGAUCUAUAGAUUUGUCGGAAGAGUCAACCCGGCGACAAAGGAGCUCACAUGGCCGAGCGCCGGCGUCGCUUUUACCUUCAGAGGGAGGGCGGCCUCGAUCAACAUCAGCAGUGUUAGCGGAAACUCGAGCGCUGACCUGAUUAUUGAUGGAGGAGAGCCGAUUCUCAUCGGCAAUGUAGACGGAACAUUAAUCUCGACACCUAAGCUGUCAAAGGGAACACAUACUGUUGAGCUGCGCAAACGAUCGGAGAGUUCUCUAGGCACCUUCCGCAUCACGGGUGUCACUACCGACGGCACUCUACUUGCGAGUACGGUCCCAAAGCGCAAGAUUGAGAUCAUUGGGGACUCCAUCACCGUCGGUUACGGUCUCGAUGGCGUCCUGCCCUGUACGAACUCGGCCGUUUUGCAGAACAACGGAAAGACGUAUGGCGCCGUGGCGGCUCGAGCUUUAAACGCAGACUACAGUGUUGUCGCCUGGAGUGGCAAAGGCCUGAUCCGCAACUAUGCCUCCACGCCCCCUGAUCCAAUGCCACCGAUGCCAGUUCUCUACACGCGCUACGGUGCUGAUGACGCCAACGGAAGCUUCACGUUCCCAAAAUCGUGGAUACCAGACGCAGUGGUGAUCAACCUCGGCACAAACGACUUCAGCUACCUUGGUGUGCGGGACCCCGUUAACCCGGCAGACCUCACGCAGGCCAUGGUUAAGCUGGUAGAGGGCAUACACUCUUACUACAAGAAAGCCCAGUUCUUCUUGGUGUCUUCACCCAUGCUCAGCGAUAGCUAUCCCUCUGAGGCCGAUGCUCAGAAAUCCACCCAUGUUCAGGUGCUCAAGGAUGCAAUUCAACAGCUUCAUGGGGUGAAAACUCAUUUGGUGGAUUGGCCCUCGCAGGGUUCAGAAGUUGGCUGUGAUUACCAUCCGAAUGCAGCUACCCAGGCCCAAGGCGGUGAACUUCUCGAGGAGUCUAUUAGGUUGGCCCUGGGAUGGUAG